AUGAAUCACCGAUCAACAAGUGUCAGACCCGUGGUUCUUACGGUUCACGAACUUACGACGAACGAAUGCGUAGUGGAUCAGUCGAGGAAAGAGGCCGGAUCUUCACCAGGUGUGACGAUCGAGGAUGAGCCUGAUCCGAGUAAUGGCCGGAUCGCGAGGGAAUUCGACGUCGCUACCUGUAGUAAUGAAAGUGGGGAGUUGUACGCUGAGAAUGUGGAUCUUCACAUGGCGGUACUACUCGACAUUGUUACGCCCACUGCCGAAGUUGCGAUUGACGAUACAUAG